CCUUCACAGCUGAGUGCCAAGAGACGAUAGCCCACCAUCUGACUGUUUCAUAGCCACAAAGGGCUGGGGAUUUCCUUUUUAGGAGGCACCUCAUGUAGUUACAUACAAUGCCAAAUGCUGAUAAAGCCCACUUGAGUCAGGGAAUAACCAGAAGAGUGCAGUGCUGUGACUUUCUGCCAGCAAAAGAAGAGGAGCUGACUGAAUUGAGUGUUUAAAGGGUGAGGCAGGUAGGCACCUCAGCAUACACUGUGCAAGACAUGGAGAACUUCCAGGCGGCAAUGCUUCUGGGAGGAGUUGGCGAUGCCCUGGGUUACAGAAAAGCCAAGUGGGAGAACUGUAUUUCGGGGGCACGCAUCCAAGAGGAGCUGAAGUCCUUGGGGGGUCUUGACAAUUUGGUUUUGGAUGCUGAUAACUGGCCCGUCAGCGAUGGAACAAUCAUGCACAUGGCCACUGCUGAAGCACUUAUUACAGAUUAUUGGUCCAUUGAAGAUCUCUACAGGGAGUUAGUACGAGUUUACCUUGAUGCUGUUGUGAAAAUCCAGGGGCGACAGCCUGAUCCUGCCACCUUGGAGGGCUGCUCCCAGUUAAAGCCGGACAACUAUUUACUGGCCUGGCACACUCCAUUCAAUGAAAGAGGGUCAGGAUUUGGUGCAUCCACAAAGGCAAUGUGUAUAGGAAUGCGCUACUGGCAGCCAGACAGGCUGGAGACCCUGGUGGAAGUAAGCACUGAAGCGGGAAGAAUGACGCACAACCAUCCUACUGGUUUUCUAGGCUCUCUGUGCACAGCUCUGUUUGCUUCCUAUGCACUGCAGGGCAAGCCACUCGUCGAGUGGGGGCGUGAGAUGAUGAAGGUUGUCCCAGUAGCUGAAGAUUAUUGCCGAAAGACAAUCCGUCAUAUGGCGGAAUAUCAGGAACAUUGGUUUUAUUUUGAAGCAAAAUGGCAAUUUUACCUAGAAGAAAGAGGAAUUGCAGAAGAUGGCCAAAAUAAACCCAUUUUUCCCGAUUGUUUUGAUCCUGAAGAAAGGGAUAAAGUGUAUAAGAGAUGGAGCUCUGAAGGCAGAGGAGGCCGGAGAGGUCAUGAUGCUCCUAUGAUUGCAUAUGAUGCCCUUCUGGCAGCUGGCGGUAACUGGAGAGAAGUCUGUAACAGGGCGAUGUUUCAUGGAGGUGAAAAUGCAGCUACAGGAUCAAUUGCCGGCUGUCUCUAUGGACUGCUUUAUGGACUAAAACAAGUGCCUGCAAACUUGUACCAGAAACUUGAAAACCGGGAAAGACUGGAACUCCUCGGGGAGCGUCUCUUCAAAGGAUCCAGUACUGACAAAGACCACAUGGAAUGUAUUCAGGCCUAUGAUUUGGGACAGGAUUUUUCAGCAAUAAAGCGGAUGGCCUACAACCGGUUAACCAAUCCAGGAGUUGCUGAAGUCCUCAAAAGCCUUCUUCUCUAUUUAACUGAACGGCUGGGCUGCAGCUCAGUAGACAAAAUGGGGCCAGCACCCAUAGCAGGUAGCAAGGAGCAUGGCAGCAGACCUCACAAACCAAAGAAAGACUUUGCCAAGCACCCCACCACCUUUCAGCUUCUACAGGCAAGAUUUAUGAGAGAGAAUCGAGAAACUGCCAAGAAAAAAACACGAGAAGUUGGGUCAUUGCUCUUGAGGGAGAACCGGGGUCCAGCUCUCGGAUUGUGUGUGACUGAAUCCCUCAAAGCAAAAGGACGAGUGAAUAUCGAAUGGCAAGUUCGAAAAAAAGAGAACAUCAACACAGUCAGCACUAAUUGGAAAAAAAAUGUUACCUGUCAAAAAGGCACCGUUCAGAAAAUUCUCAUGACGUUUGCAGCUGCAGAAGAGAAUGCCGACAAGAAUUUGAGAAAACAGAAAAUAUCAGCAUCCAACACUAAAAUAGGCGGCAAAAACACAUUUUUGGACAAAAUAAUUGAAAGGUUUGAAACACUGAGCACUUUGCACACUGUCACUUAUACGGCUGCAUCUCUGAAACAGAAGAAAACAGAAGGGAGAGAUGUACAAGUUUUGAAACGAGCAACCAUUGAGCUGCACCUCUUCGAAGCUACAGAAAUAUGGAGUCACCCUUUACACCACAACACGGCAGCCUCUGUGGAAUUAAUGCACAGUGUGAGCUUGGCAGUGACAACUGAGUGUCCCGCGGGAUGGAGCAGGGUUGAUGGGACUCACAAGCAGUCAUGGAUAGUGAAUACAGCCACAGAGAAGAGAUCCUGGUAUGCUGCUGCCGUAGGUGCCUUUGAAUCCGAUGAGGUCAUACAGUUUAAAUCCGCACUUUUGGAAAGAGAAGACAGGAAUAGCCCAGAAAUCACAAAGAGCGGAAUGCCCAGGCUCAUGACUAAUCAUCUCAACAAUGCCUGCCUUAAAAUAGAAUCAAACAAAGAAGAAGCAGAACUUCUUUCUAAUCUCAAUAGCUCUUCACAUCCAGCUGACAUCAAAGCCUUCUCUGAGGCCAUUCCUCUGUUAUCUGCCUUUUAUGAGCUCUCCCUUCUGGGGCCCCAAGAAAAAAUCCAUCAGUCCUCCGACUGGAAAGGUGUUAACCCAUCCAGGAGCCCAGCAGUUGGCCAAUUUAAAUCCCCAGCACAGGAUAUGCAUGGAUUCAAGAAUUUUGAGGGACCGACCCUACUGGAUGGAGAUUCUGGAUUAGUACAAAGCCAUGUGGAAAAAUCUUUACAAAAAGCCUUCACAAUUCACUUGCCACAGAUUGAAAUCGAGGAAAGCAGUAACCACUGUCAUCCAGAAGAAAAUCAAGCAACUCCUGCUUUGGAACCUGAUAACAAAGAUAUAUUGUGGCUUUCAGAUGUAACAGUUCACGAACUGCAACUUUUAGUUGCAACACCAGUGCCCAAGAAUCACAGUAUCAGCACUCAAAAUCAACUCCAACUGGGAACAGAGACAGAUAUAAACCAGGAUGAGUCCAACAAAACUUGCAAGGAGCUUAAAAAUAAGCAAAUCACGUGUGAAUGGAUAACUGGGGAAACUGAAAGCCCUGCCAAAAACCAGGAGGAGAAAGAAAUACCACAGGAGUUAGCUGGGUGUGGAAUCAGUGAGUCUUAUCAGGGGGAUCUAGUAAGCAUAUGGGAUGGCUACAAGUCAUCGUCCUAUAGUACCAUGCCAAGUGAUAAAGGGUGUGAAUUAAACAGACAACAUGUGAGUGCACCUAACAUUAGCACAAAGAGAAAUGCUCAACAAGCAGAAGAAAAUAUUAACAAUGGAGAGAGUGCGUUCAAAUAUAAAGCAGAAAGUUACAGUGAUGCCACAGUGUCCUCACAAAAGUCAUUCAAGCCAAAAAUUAUUAGGAUAACUGACACAUUUUCAUUUUGAUCUGUCUCAAAGUAAAUUUAUGAUUUAAUAUAAACUUUUAUGCUUUAGUAAUAAAUAACCUUCAGCAUCUCUAGACGUUCAUUUCAGUUAGAUCUUUUAACGUUCGGCAACUCAGUUCAAACAAUGGGGGUGUUGAAGUUCUGGCUGGUUUACAAUAAUCAGAGUUAGACUUUGCCUCCAAAAUCCAGUCUCAGGCUUCAAAUGAAGUCUUAAAAUUAAAAAAAAGCAUAACCCCAAUUCUAAAAAAGCAGGUUUUGUGCUCUGCACAGGCCUCAUAAAGAAGUAAAAAGUUAAGAAGUCUGCAAGAAUUCACAGGGAGGGAGGAAACUGUAAAACCUCUGGCCGAGAAUAACCAAAAUAAUGUUCCUUUUAUAUUUGAGAAUAUUUAUUUGCAAAAAAGAUUCCACAAAAACAAAAGCACAGCCAAAAUAACAUCAAAAACAUUUGCUUCAUAAGGCAAACUAAACAAUACUAAUCAAUAAUCCAAAAGCAUAAUUAAAAAACAACAAAAGAAUAGAAAAUCUAACUAGUACUUAAAAGUAAUCUGCAAAAGCCCACAACAAUGAUGAACCCAAGCCAUGCUGUGUUUUGUAGCUUGACCCCUUCUGCAGUCAACAUAAAGACAUACAAUGUAAGGACAUAAAUAAUAUAAUGCAAUAAUGCAAAAUAAUCAAAUAGCAAAGCAAAUCUCAUUCAGAACAAAGAAAAGAGAGAAAAAACACAAACAAGUCUUACCAAAUAAUAUUUAAAAAACAAACAAAAGAACACAUAAAAAGUAAAAAAACAGUUAAGCUGAAGAGUCUCCGGCCACACCAUAAGUGUCUGAACAUUAUUAUAACUGGUCAAAACGGACCAGAAGAUAAUAAGCACAGACUUAAGUAGGCAAGGGCAAGGCAAGGGCUCAAAACCGAGAAGUCAGAUAUACCAGGCAACCUGGAAUCAAAAUGGCAAAAAUUAAAAGUCCAAACGCAAAAAGAAUGUUGAUUACUAAAAACAAAAUCUAAUGCUAAGGCCAACUUAGAAGUAAAUAUAACUACACUCGGAAGUUUUUCAAGACAUUGUGUAUCCACCGUGGGAUGAUGCCUAAUGAAACCGCCACCAUACUUACAGCCUCACUUCUGAGAUGUCAUCAGCACGAUGAUCAUGGCCAUUUGAAACAUCCAAAAAGUGCCUCGGAAACCACGAAAAACAACGCAGGAACAAAAUUUAACAAAAUGAAUGAAAACUUUGUUAAAAUAAAUCAAGUUUUAAAGUAAAAGAUAAUUCCUGACCAAAAAAAAGAGGGCCACAGUAACAGCAGAUUUGCAUUAUGGCCUACCAUUUAUUUAAAGACUAUUUUGUGCAUCUUAUUGAAGUCAUUGUUUAUUUACAUUUCUUCCUCCUCAUUUUCUAAUUCUAGACUAAGUAUUCUGAAUGACCUCACAUUUUGGACUUUUACUGUUUAUGGCUUUUAGUAAAUAUAAGUUAUUUUCAAGAAUGUUCUUCACAUAAGUACAUUCUACCUUUUUAAAUUUGGAUAUUACCAUCAUAUUGUUAAUUUUAUUUAUUAUAUUUUAUACUGUUGUUUUGUGUUUGUUGCCAUUUUGUGUCAUGGUGGCUGCCAUUUUGUAAUUCUUGAUGCAUAAUAUUAUACACUCUAUAUAACAUGGCAGUGCCAUGCUUGAUUUUCUAGACCAAAAACAUUGAAACUUAGUGAAGAUUGUUCCUACAGCAUUUUCCAAGCCAGUUCAUGCAAAACUGAUAAUAGUUUUUGUUUUGUUUGUUAAGAAAUUUUUUUGUAAAGGAAAAAAUUUUUAACUUAAUUGCUUGAUGUUAAGAAAUGUUUAGUGGAACUAAAUAAAACUUAUGUGGUACCAAAAUUAAUUUCAGCCAAUGAGCUCUCUUAAA